AUGGAUCCGUGCACUUUCGUACGUAUUACUGUCGGAAACUUGGUUGUUAGGGCAUCGCCAUCUGUUUCGGACGCAGCACCUGGUAACUGGUUCUGUAAGAUCAAAUUCAAGAGUUUCCCACGCCAGGUCGUUGCUGUUCCCGUUCUGUUUCGAACCGAAUCAGAAUCCCAGUCCCGGUUGUGCUCCGGUGAUGUGCCAACCGUUUCUGCUUGCUUCACUCUAAGCAAGGCUCAGAUCGAAUGGUCUCUUAUGAAGCCUGAACGGAAUGUCCUCACUGUCGAGGUUUAUUCCUCUGUUCCGUCGUGUGGACUCGUCCCUUCUUUGGGUGAGAAGCUGAUUGGUCGCUUUAAGGUUUCGCUGGACUUGAAGAUGGCGGAGACAAGGACGUGUUUGGCUCACCACGGCUGGAUUGAGUUGGGCACUGAUAACAAGUCAAAGAAGAAGAAGAAUCCGGACCUCCACGUUACCGUACGGGUUGAACCCGACCCGAGAUUUAUGUUUCAGUUCGACCGCGAGCCCGAGUGUAGUCCCAAAAUUUUUCUGGUACAAGGAAACAAGAAAGAAGCUGUUUUCACAUGCAAGUUUGGAAUCAGAAACUCCCCGAAUCUUACUAGAUUAUCGUCCAUGACCACUGGAAGGAAACAGACAUGGAGGGCGAGAAAAGGUUGGUCGAUAACGAUCCAUGAUCUCUGUGGCUCACCAGUAGCUAUGGCUUCGAUUGCCACACCUUUCGUACCAUCACCCGGUUCCAAGCGCUUGUCUAAAUCAAGCCCCGGCGCGUGGCUCAUCCUCCGGCCUGAUGGCUACAUAAUGAAGCCAUGGGGUCGUCUUGAGGCAUGGCGUGAGCCUGGCUUCUCUGACAUUCUCGGUUACCGGUUCCAUUUAUUUCAAGAUGACAUGGCUACUGAAAUCUCCUCAUCGUCUUCGAUCAGGACGAAAACAGGAGGGAGCUUUGUCAUGGACGGAACCAUCGCUGCCGCGGACACCAACACGGCUGCUUCUUUGACACUGUCGGAUGGAAGCUUUGAUCUGUCUUCCCGGUUGAGUACUGGAUCAUCAAAAAACCGUUCAGGAUGCGGGUCGGAUUUCGGGUUUCUUCUACCGCAAGCGCAACAAAACUUGGGGUUUGUGAUGUCGACCACGGUGGAAGGAGUUGAGAAACAGAGCAAGCCUAAGGUGGAAGUAGGGGUGAAGUAUGUGAAAUGCGUGGAGGAUGCGGCGGCGCACGUGGCUUUAGCAGCGGCAGUGGAUUUAAGCAUGGAUGCUUGUAGACUGUUCUCUCACAAGAUAAGAAAAGAGCUGAGACAGCCAAGAGUUGUUUAA